AUGACUCGCUACUUGAUACCACCGGCCGCUCCAUCUGGUUGGCGAUCUGGCUACGUGGUGUCGCCUCACGUCCCAGCGACACCUCAUCAACAAGCAGGCGAGACUUUACCAGAUCGUUCCGUCAGCCCAGUACCUCGUGCGACGACCGCCAGCAUCGACACCGCUAUGUUUGAUGCAACCGAAGCGCAAAUGGUCGACUCGACCUGGACCGCCACACCCUCAUCAGAAUACGAAGAACGACUCCACGCCACAGACCCAAGACCAGUCCGAAACCUGCCCUAUGAGAAGUAUCCGAAGACACGCUCGCGCCUCAUCCUACCACCGGAGAGUGAGAUCGAACGAAUGCAGUACUUGGCCACCAUGCGCAAGAACUGGGGAUGUGGAUGGUUCAUGACGCUAGGAGAUAUGGUGGGCGAGGAGUGCUUUGGUGAGGAAGUGAGUAGGGAGCUCUUUGAAGCGCUGGCUAGACUGUCUGCUGUGCCUGGUGCGGAAGGAUCAGAUGGCAGGGGGAGGGCGAAGAAUGUGCUGGAGGGAGUUGUCGGGGAUCGCGAUUGCACGAUUUUGACUGCUGGGGACGUGGAGAUCGCUGUCAUGUUGCUUGCGAAGGUCGUCGAGUAG